GUGCAGUCGCUCGGUCAGAUGGCCCGGCUGGCGCCCUCCCUGGAGAAGCGACUGAAGCAUGGUCAGCUGCGCAGCAGGGAGCUUUGCGAAGUUGUAUCCGCGCUCCAGCGAUCGAAGUUCUUUGAUGGUGGCUUGUUCGAAGUCCUUGCGGCGGAGCUGCGUCGCGCGUUCGAUCGGCGGUCGCUCAGCGCGGCCGAAGUCAUCACCACCAUCGCCACCUUGGGAGAGCUGAACGCCUACAACCAGCGUGUCUUCGAGGCAGCGUGUGAUGCCUUGGAGAAGGAGCUGCCGCGCCUCCCGGAGGCUUUACGCCUUCGACUUGACAGUGCGCUGAAGCAGGUAAACCACAAUCCGUCCGAUAGCUUCGUGCGAAUUCUUCGGAAUGUGGUGGGCCCUGGCUCCGAUCGGAGGCAAGCAUGUCCCAUGUUCUGGCGCGGCCAGUGCAAGUGGGGGCCGAAAUGCAAGCUCUCUCACGACAGCAGCUCCUUCGAGACUACCAUGGAGAGCGGCGCGUGGAGGCCGCCCUCACAGAGCGGUGGCAAGAGUGUUGGCUUCAAGCAGUCCUCCGACCUAUUCAAAGCUGACAGGUGCGGUGCACUGUGGUGA